GGAGCUGGGCACCAGGGUGUUGGUGGCAGCCCUGAGAGGGCCCUCACUGUCCCCAGCAUGGCAUCUGCUCUCACCAUCCUCCUCCUCGGUUGCUGGCUGGCCGGGCACAGCGGGGUGUGGGGAGGGUAUGAAUUUCGCAAACCCACAAUCUCGGUGAGCCCCAGCAGGGUGAUGGCGCUCGGGGGAAGUGUCACCAUCCGCUGUGAGGGUUUGUACCUGGACAUGAAGUUUUUCCUGCAUAAAGCUGGACACCCGAACCUGCAGGUGUGGAUGGUGCCUGAUGGGACCGUGGCUGAAUUUCCCAUCCCCAGUGUCGGUCGGGAAGAUGGAGGAAAAUAUACCUGCGACUAUCACUCCAGAACGGAUCAGAAUCGCUGGUCGUAUCUCAGCGACCCCGUCGAGAUCAUUGUAGCAGAGCCCAUCUACCCCAAACCCAGCAUCGCCCUGAGCCCCAGCAGGGGGGUCUCCCUGGGGGGAGCUGUGAGCGUCUGGUGUCGGGGGCAGCACUGGGGCAUGCGGUUCGUGCUGAAUAAAGAUGGACGCCAUUUCCAAACUGUGGAUUCAGACAGGUUUGAGGCUGUGUUUCCCAUCAGCACCGUGCGCCGGGAGGACGGCGGGAACUACAGCUGCUCCUAUCACAGCAGAUCGGAGCCGUUCACUAUGUCGUACCCCAGCGACCCCGUGGAGCUGGUGGUGAGAGAUCACAGCUUACCCAGACCCUCCAUCUCUCUAAGCCCCACUGCGGUCACCCCCCUAGGGGCAAACAUCACCGUCCGGUGUCAGGGGCAGCGCCAGGAUGUGAGGUUUUUCCUGCACAAGGCUGGAGACCUCAACCCACAGCGACACAUGGACCCUGCUGGGAAUGGGGCCGAGUUCCUCAUCCCCACCGUGGGCCGGCAGCAUGGCGGGAACUACAGCUGCAGCUACCGGCUCCGAUCAGAGCCCUUCAUCUCCUCAGAGCCCAGCGACCCCGUGCAGCUGGUGGUAGCAGAUGGAUCGGAAUCACCGGCACCUCUGGGUCUGACCAGCCCCAUCAUCGCUGGGGUGAGUGUGGUAGCUGCUGUCCUCCUCCUCCUUGUGGCCUUCAUCUGCUUCAGAAAAACCCGAGCCAGAAAAGGAGACGCACCGAGACCAAGCAGCACCAGCCCUAUGGUGGCCUUAAAGGCAUCGGCUCAGCAACACCUCAUCUACGCCUCCAUGGACGAAGGGAAAGAGCCACAGACCCUGGAGCCCGGCAUCUACACCGAGCUGGACCGCCAGACGCUGCAGCCCAGUGUGUACGAUGUGAUCAACGUGAGCCGGGGAGCCCCGCAGUGAGAGCCCCCCGCAGCCAUGGGGCGCCAGACCUCAGGGGGUAACAGCCUCAUGCCCCAACAGCGACAGCCCCAGAGAACUCUGCAUCUAGGGAAGAUUUAGGGGGACGCUGCCCUCCCCCCGCUGCAGCCCCGUCCCAUCAAGCUUCUGUCCCCCUGCCCCAUGCAGAUCCACAUGUAGGGGGAAGGGGAGGGCUCAGCACUGAGAUGGGUAGGAGAUGCUUCAAGGCAGCUUUGAUGUUAUUAGCAUCCUGUUAACCUUCAGAUUUGUAAUAAACACAGAUCA